AUGACCGACGUGGCAAAAAAGGUUCAGGAUUACAAAGAUUCACUUAAACAGAAGGCAGAGCACCUUAUUAUUAAAGGAUUUCCAGAAAAGAUAGUAAAGCUGAAUGAGCUUUUAGAAACACCUAACUUCCUGAAUAGAGAAUUAGUAGAUGUCCAUCAGGAUUUAAACAUUCCAGUUCCACCGCCAAUACAAGCAGUUAAUGAACCAAAUGCUAAAAGAGCUAGACGAGAUUCGUCUGAGAUGUCAAGCAAUACAACGUUAGAGGGCACACGGGUGUUUGCUCUGCCAAAUGGAAGUGUCCCAUGUAAUAAACCUCUUAGUGACCUUAUUCACCUUGUCAAACCUCACAUUAGAGAGCUUAUUGAGGAUUCUAAUCUGCUAAAAAUGUGGAUUUCAUUCAUGAUUCCUAAAAUAGAGGAUGGCAACAAUUUUGGUGUCUCAAUACAAGAAGAUACAUUGGCUGAGGUUCAGUCUGUUGAAUCGGAAGCUGCGGCAUUCUUUGAUCAAAUCUCCAGAUACUUCAUUUCAAGAGCGAAAAUUGUAUCAAAAGUUGCCAAAUAUCCACAUAUUGAGGAUUAUAGAAGAGCUGUUGAAGAAUUAGAUGAAAAAGAAUACAUCUCAUUGUGGCUGGUGAUGUGCGAGAUUCGCAACCGAUACUGUUCGUUACACGACAUUGUCAUCAAAAACCUGGAAAAAAUAAAAAAGCCGCGUUCGUCGAAUGCCGAAACAUUAUAUUAG